AUGAGCAACGACGAUGAGCGAUUUCGUAUGCAACUCGAGAAGCACUUUGCUUUGUAUCGACUCAACCUACGCCUUCCAUUGGUGUCACGCAUUCGCCUAAAUUGUUGGUACCGGAUCGAUCUAUUGUUGGUCAACGAACUUGGACUUUUUCGACGUGCUGACAUGGAGCCCAAUGGACGUGUACGUGUCACAUGUGAAAUGGAUGGAGGUCAAGGCACCAUUGAGAUACGCGAGAAUGGCAAUGGAUUUGCAGCGUCAGGCAAAGGAGUAGUCGAAUAUCGUGUGACCCAUAUUGACAACAGCAGCAAGGCAACGCCUAUGUAUUUGACACUCUCGGUGAGCAGCGUUGAAAAUGUCACGGGAUUUCAACACGUGAUGCCUUUGACGGUGGGUCCAAUCAUUGUUGAUGCCGAUGCUCCCCUUCACGAACCAAGCGAUGCACUUGUUGAGGAAUGGCCAGCCAAUACAGAAAUGGUGCAUGACACUUUUCGAAUCCUAAGCGAUGUAUGGAUCAACGAAUCAUGGGAUGCUGGGAUACCGGGCAAGAUAUGGGACUCUGCUAUUGUCAUGCUGGCUUUCUUGGAAGGUCUUUACAAAAAACAAGGGAAAUUGGGCCAUGUGAUUGAUCUCAGUGCUGGAACUGGUUUACUUGGACUGUACCUUGCAAGAAACAAGGCUGCUGAUAAAGUUACUAUCACUGAACUCGAUGAAGCUCUUCCUCUUAUCGAGCACAAUGUCAACUUGAAUGAUCAACAAGGGAAUGUGGAGAUCAAAUCUUUACUUUGGGGUGAUACGGCGCAGGCAGCCGCUGUUGGAAAAGCUCACGUGAUUGUGGCAUCGGAUGUGCUAUACGAAUCUGAAUUUUUCACCGACCUGGCAAAGACACUUGAGGAUUUAUCGACUCGUGAUACGUGUAUUUAUAUUGGAUACAAGCGUCGUGGAUUAGAUCAAGAUGAGGAGGAUCGUUUCUGGUCAUUAUGUCGGGAUCACAACCUCUCCAUCACCCUUUUGAAUACGAGCGACCCAACCAUGUUGCCUGAUAUUGCCAAGAUCACCAAUGUACAAAUCUAUCGUUUAGCCCCUUUAUAUUCUCCCGCUGUAUAA